UCACCUUUCAACGAAAAUCUAUCGUCCCGUUGUUCAUAUAUCCAUCAGGGCGUGUUUCCAAACAUCUAAGCCCCCACAGGUGAAAGAUUUUCCUUUUUCAUUUUUCCCAAAAGCUGAAGCUGGUAGCGUCAAUGGAGGUCAAAAUACUGUCAAAGAAGCUCAUAAAACCAUCAUCUCCAACACCAUCCCACCUCAGGCACUUGACAUUAACCCCAGUUGAUCGACUUGCACCUCCAAUCAAAGCAUCUAAUAUUUUCUACUACCCUGCCAAAGGGAGCAACCCGGCGGUUGAUGUUGAAAGACGGAAUCAUUUGGAGACAUCUCUGUCAGAGACCUUGACUCGUUUUUACCCGCUAGCAGGAAGAUACAUCAGGGAGAGUCACUCAGUUGAUUGUAAUGAUGAAGGGGUUGAAUAUUUGGAGGCCGAAGUGGAGGGUAAACUCAGUCGACUUCUAAGCAGGAGAAAUGAGGUCAUAGAGCAGGUGAUUCAUUUAGCAGGCGGAGAAUUCACCAAUUCGCUAGCUUCAGUUCAGGUCACCGUGUUUGCCUGCGGGGGAGUAACCAUUGGAGUUCGCAUUCGCCACAGCGUUGUUGAUGGAUUCACUGCUGCUCACUUCAUUAGUGCUUGGGCGACUGCAAGCAGAGAAAGCAUGGAUAAAGUUAUUUGGCCAAGUUUCGAUUUGGCCUCUUUCUUGCCAGUAAAAGAUUUACCUAUGGUCAAGCCACGCCCUCCCCCUAAGAUCUUUGGAGCUGAUAAGGUCAUGACCAGGAGGUUCAUAUUUGAUGGGGCCAACAUAUCGUCCCUUAAAGCCGCAGCUUGCGAUCCCAGCUUCAAACGGGAGCCUUCUCGGGUUGAGGCCGUUACAGCACUCAUAUGGAGAGCUCUCAUGGUUGUAAGCCGAGCGAAACAUGGACGCUUGAGGACUUCCCUGGCUUCCCAUGCCAUGAACUUGCGUGAAAAAAUCGUUCCACCAUUACCAGGCAUUUGUUGUGGAAACCUCUACACAGAGGUGCCAGCCACAUUUAUGGCGGACAGUAGCAAAACCGAGCUGCCCAAUUUGAAGGAUUUGGUGGGUCUACUAAGGGAGGUAAAAUUUAAAGAAUCAGUGAGUCGCGAGGAUGUGUUGUUGACUGUUAUAAAAUCGACGAACGAGUUACAUGAAGCUUUGGGUAAAGAGGAUGUAGAUGUGUACAACUUCACCAGCUGGUGCAGGUUUCCUUUCUAUGGGAAUGAUUUUGGUUGGGGAAAGCCUGCUUGGAUGACUAGAUGUCAUACCCCUGUUGAAAUGAUCAGUCUGCAGGACACGGAAUGUGGGGAUGGAAUUGAAGCUUGGGUGACCUUGGAAAAAAAAGACAUGCUUCAAUUCCAGCAAGAUGGGGAUAUUGUGUCCUUCAGUUCCAAUGGAGCUCCUUGAGUCCUUAACAAUCAACUGGAUUAUCCUCUGGAUGUUGGAUUUUUCUAUGUUCUUUAGCCUUCCAGUUUGAUUCUCUGGUGUGCUAGCAGCUAUGGCUAAUAAGUCCAAGUCCCUGGAGCUUCAUAAACCAAAGGCCUGUUUGUUUUCUUGUGUGAACUCUUAAUUGACUUUAAAUUAAAUGUCAUGGUAUUGUUGGGUUUUUAAUAUU